CAUUGUUUGUGCUGCUGGCAGAAUACUAGUUUGUCUUUCAAAACAAUAUGGUCCCAAUUCUCAGACAUAGGUUAGAAAUGUAACGAACUAACUUGCUUUGUUUGUACUAGCUAGUUUUCUCAUGUGAACUGUAUACUUUAGAUGUAGCUAGCUUAGGAAAAUAAUGAUUCAGUUUGUAUUAAACAAAAGCGGCUUGCUAGCUGAUUAACUUUCUACCGAUCCGGUUGAACUAUAGUAACGUUAACGAGUUGGUUGUAGAUUGUACGGAACUGUAUGGCUAGCUAGGCUUUUGCUAUUAAGAAAAGCAACGACAGCUACAAAAGUUGUACUUUGACUGGUAAAUUCCGUUGUCUUGACAUGGCAAGCAACGCGAGGUAGCAUUGCAGAGAACGGCUCGACGUUGGACUAAACCUAAGUCACCCCUGUGGACCUGUCUGUGUGAUGAUCCCACAAGCCAGGUGUGUGAUGGGUUCCUGGCAGCCAGUUGCUAAUCUAAGGGACUAUGUUUCCCAGCAUCCUCCUGGGGUCACCUUCUUCCUCUGUGUGCUGACCCUUGCCCUCACCUUCCUAAGCCUCGGGUCAUACACGCACACACACCGCCUGCCAAAUCCAGAUACGCAGGAUUGGAACCACUUCCUGUUGUCGUUGGCCAACCUCCAGUUGUGUGCGAGAGCCAAUGGUACAGCAAUGGAGAUGGUUUCCUCUCCUCCAUUUGCGAAAGAGGAGGUAUGUGGAACAGUAUUGCUGAACUCCACCCAGAGCCCACCAUCCAUCACACAGUUGUCCCUUUGGGUGCCACUGGCCGUGAUGGACAGCUCAAACAUCCAAUCCCUGAGCGACCUUUGCCUCCAUGGAACAUUAUUGGCCAGUCAGCUGGGACUCACAGGUAACGAGGCUGUAAACGUGACACUGAUGUUCUCCUCUCCAUCUGUGGGUGGCAACUCGCACGCCUGCCUUAGCGUUAGCGCACCUACACACAUCCUACCUCCAGUCCUGCUGCCACCUGUGUGCCCUGCCAAUGAAGGGACAUCCUCUCCUGUCAGAGCGAUUGCAAUGGAGAUAAGCAGCCAGAAGCCCUCAGCGUCACAGUCUUGCUACAGUCUACAGUACACACCUGAUCCUACACUCACCGCCAUGCUAACGCAGAAGGAGCUGGGUCUGGCGAGUAGGCAUCUGAUCCAGGUGAGUGUGUGUCUGCUGGGGGUGUGUGUGCUGCUAUGCUUCUCCGCCAGUCUCACACACUCACACGUACGGCGUUACCACAGCAACGGCCUGGAACUGCAAAGGGAGCCACUGAUUGACUCCUGAACCAGUCUCCACCACAGCAUGCAGCUAGAGAAGGAAGAAAGGUGGAGGAUGAUUCGAAUAAAGGACUCUUUCUGAGAGUCUGCUGCUUCUGCUGUUGGGGUCAGAGUUUGAUGGAGCAUCUCAUUUCAAACUGCGUAGCUGCUGUUGUUGAUCUCAACCCAUGCUCUGUCCACAAACAUUGCCCUCUGGUAGACUUAUGAUGUUCUACUCUGUCAUGUUAUGACUGCAGGGUGAAUGGGCACGUUAUUAAAUAUUUACAUUUUAUUUAAACACGUUGCCACAUCCUAAAGGGGUUUUAAUCUGCUCGGGCCUCUUGGCACUUCCAUCCAUCUGAGCCGCCUGCAGCUGUUCAUCCCAGUCCAGCUCCUCUCUCUGGAGCGUCCUCCCCACCACUGCCCGUCUUCUGCAGCAGGCUGAAAAACCAUCUAUUCAUCCAGCACCUUGAUUCCAGUACUGUCUUCCCCCUCUUAUCACUUCUACAAAGUUCACUUGUGGUGCAAACUUGUGUUGAAUCUUGCACAGUUUAUUAGUUUAAUGAAUUACAGCACCUUUUGUACAUAGUCCCCCCAUUUUAGGGGACCAGAAGUAUUGGGACAAAUUCACUUAUGUACUAAAGUAGUCAAGUUUAGUAUUUGGUCCCAAAUUCCUAGCAUGCAAUGAUUACAUCAAGCUUGUUAUUUUAUGUCCAAUAGAAAACAAUGGUAAAUCAUGUAUUGUCAUUUGAGUCACUUAUUGUAAAUAAGAAUAGAAUAUGUUUCUAAACACUUCUACAUUAAUGUGGAUGCUACCAUGAUUACAGAUAGUCUUGAAUGAAUCGUGAAUAUCAUACCCCCCCACAAAAAAUGCUAACCUCUCACCAUUACAAUAACAAUAAACCUGUUGGAUGCAUUUGUGGUUUUUGUUGCAUUUCAGAUUAUUUUGCACACAAAA